AUGGGCUGGUGGUGGAGUUCCUCGUCUUCGUCUGACCAGACGAGUACAGCGUCUUCUUCUCUGUCGCAUUCACAAUCCACGUCGUCGCAAGAUCCAGCUACUACUGCUAUUUUUCCUCCUCCUUCAAAACCGACAACGACACAAACACCAACAACAAAACCAACCCACGACGACGCCGAACUCCGUGAAUUUCUCGCCGCAAUCGAGUGGACAAGCGACUCCUCCAACCCCUCCAACGCCAAAACAUCCUCAUCCUCAUCAUCCUCACCCUCAGACCCCGACUCAGAUCCAUCCUCAAUAUCCUUCGAAUCCCUCUACCCGACCUCCCUCUCCUGCCGCUCUGCCUUUGACUAUGCGUUUUUCUGUCAAUCCUUUGGCGGCCAAUGGGUCAACGUCUACCGCUACGGCAACUUGAGAUCGUGCAGCGAACACUGGGAGAAUUUCUGGCUGUGUAUGAAAUCGCGCAGCUACUCGGACGAAUCGCGGCGGGAAACGAUUCGUGAUCAUUACAGGAAGAAAGCGGUCAAAUACAAGACGGGUCCGAGUAGUGAGGAUGUGUGGGAAGUAAGGACGGAGCCUCUACAGAAUCCGUUUGGGAAAGAUAUGGCGAGUUAUACGGAGCAGCAGAAGCCCGAAAAAAUAGAUGGGGAGCCGUUGGGGCAGCCUUGA